AUGCGAGAAAUCGUUUACAUUCAAGCUGGCCAGUGUGGCAACCAGAUCGGCGCAAAGUUCUGGGAGGUGAUUAGUGAGGAGCAUGGAAUCAACUGCACUGGGGACUAUGUGGGCGACUCAAAACUUCAGCUGGACAAGAUCAGUGUCUACUUCAACGAAUCCCCGUGUCAGAGUGGAGCUGGUAACAACUGGGCUAAGGGCCACUACACGGAGGGAGCUGAGCUAGUGGAAGCAGUGAUGGAUGUGGUGAGGAAGGAGGCAGAUAACUGUGACUGUCUCCAGGGCUUCCAGCUUACCCACUCCCUGGGCGGGGGCACAGGCUCUGGCAUGGGGACCCUACUCAUCAACAAGAUCCAGGAGGAGUACCCCGACCGUAUGAUGGCCACCUUCAGCGUGGUCCCCUCCCCUAAGGUGUCGGAAACGGUGGUGGAGCCCUACAAUGCCACCCUCUCUGUUCACCAGCUUCUAGAUAAUACAGACGAAACUUUCUGCAUCGACAAUGAGGCGAUCUACGACAUCUGCUUCCGCAAGCUCAAGCUCCCCACACCCACCUACGGAGACCUCAACCACCUGGUGUCGGCCACCAUGAGCGGGGUGACCACAUGCCUUCGUUUCCCAGGCCAGCUCAACGCCGACCUCCGCAAGCUGGCCGUCAACAUGGUACCCUUCCCCCGCCUGCACUUCUUCAUACCGGGCUUCGCCCCGCUCACUAACAGGGGGGGCCUGCAGUACUGUGCCCUCACCGUGCCUGAACUCACCCAGCAGGCGUUCGACGCCAAGAACAUGAUGGCAGCCUGUGACCCGCGUAACGGGCGCUACCUCACAGCAGCGAUGGUGUUCCGGGGUCACAUGUCUAUGAGGGAGGUGGACGAGCAGAUGCUGGCUAUUCAGAACAAGAACAGCAGCUACUUUGUGGACUGGAUCCCCAACAACAUUAAGACAGCGGUGUAUAAUAUCCCACCCCCUGGACUCAAGAUGUCCGCCACCUUCAUAGGCAACAGCACAGCCAUCCAGGAGCUGUUCAAGCGUCUCUCUGAGCAGUUCACCGCCAUGUUCCGUCGCAAGGCUUUCCUGCACUGGUACACCGGAGAGGGAAUGGACGAGAUGGAGUUCACCGAGGCCGAGAGCAACAUGAAUGACCUGGUGUCUGAGUACCAGCAGUACCAGGAUGCCACCGCUGAGGAGGUGGUGUUUGAGGAUGAAGAGGAAGAAAAAGGAAUAGUCUGAGAUCCAGAACCAAAAUGUAA